CACCGCGCCCGUGUCAUUGUGCCCGUCGUGUACUUACACGUUGCCAAAUUUCUCGUAUUUACGCUACAAUCUUAUCAGAUUUCUACCUUUCCAGUGCAUUUUGUGGUACAUUUUAAGUAAUUAACAAUGUCUUCCCCUGAUGAAAGUACUCAACUGAAGGCAGGACACCCUCCUGCAGUCAAGGCUGGUGGCAUGAGAAUCACACAGCACAAGACUCCCCACGCCAACCCUAAAGAACCAGCAAAUGAAGACCUGACCGGCCUGUCCGGACCAUCUCCAGUUCCGUCCAACCCCGUGUCCAUCUCCGGGGCACCGAACCGAGGGAACGCUGACUUCACUCCGGUAGCGGCGCAGGUGGCUCACAGUCCGAAGCCUCCCGCUCACAUUAACGUUGCGCCAAAACCCAACAUCCAACAACCGAGGAAGUAGAUACAUCGGACUUCUACAAAUGAGCAUAUCAACAUCUGUCAGUUUACCAUUAGGUGCUCUCUUGAAAUGGCACAAGAAUUUUUUUUUGGACUGAAAAACUUGUAAACCUACGUACGUAAGACGUAGCGUUAGUAUUGCUUGCUUGGGUAAAUAUAGUACUGAGUUUUUUUACACAGUAUUAUUUCGCUUAAGGCAAUCCAGGUUUUAUAUCCAACUAUUUGUUUUUCCCAAAAAAAUUAAUCACGUAUGCAUAUGCAUUUAACAUUGAGCAAAAUCAAUUUCUGUUGAAUUCAAUUUAGAUCAUUAUUUUUACUGUUUUAUAACAACCUAAUCAAUGCAAGGCUAUUUAUACAUUUGUAUGAAAAACUGUGUGCUCAUUUAGAAAAUAAAAUAUCAAUGUUUGAUAUUAUCUAACUAUAGAUAAUUACAACGUUACAAGUCAACUAUAAUGAAUGUUUCCGUUUACUUGGUUACAUUAUUUUGUAACCUUGGAUACAAUAUGUUAUAAAAAGAUCCAAGUAAAUGGUACCAUAAUUUUUAUAAAUAAGAUGUGUUUGGAAUAGAAAUAAAAUUAAGACUUAGAGUACAUACAUGUACAUAAAAAAGAUAAGUCAUAAAAAAAGUAAUAAAUAUUUAAAAAGUAUCAAAAAAUCAUUUAGUAAUUGUAAUUUUAUGUUUAGUGUCUUUCCAUAAAAAGGGCCUAGUGUGGUAGACCACACUAAGGUUCCUUUUCCUGACGACACAUUUUCUUUCUACUUUAUAUUAUUUUUGCUACUACAUUUAAUGUAUAAACUCAAUUAUUUUUUUUAUUUCAUUAUUCACAGGAAAUGUUAACAGGGUUUGGAUUGUUUUAUUCGUGCUUCUAAAUUAUUAUUCGGUUAUUUUAAAUUAAAUUAUGACGUGUUUUAAUAUUUAUAUUUAAGAGUUUAUACUUUUAUAUUUAGAUUUUUCGAUGCAGUUAUGCACUUCACAUGUUGCAUUUUAUAAACAUUCUUCAAUAUAUUCUUGUUAAUUUAAUUAUUGUUAUUAAAAAGUGGAGGUGCUUGUUUGUUUCGUAUUUGGGACCAUUAUUUUGUCUUUAUACUUUAUAUUUCUUCCUAGUUAUUAAUAAACUUAACUAUAAAAUAA